AUGAGUCCAGGUACCAACAGAAACUCCAAAAGUUCUCAGCUCGAAAGCCACGAGGGGUGGGACUCGCGGACUGUUGAGCGAGGACCGGACCGAAGUCUAGACCGGGGACCGGACCGCGGAUCAGAGCGGUACGACUCGGAGCGCAGGGACCAAAGAGACCAGGGGAGAGACUCAUCCUAUGACCGGAGAAGUGGACACCAAGAGCGAGACCGCAGAGACCGGGACCAAAGAUCUCCUCCCAAUCGUCACCAAAACCGACCGGAUGACUGCAACCGUGACCGAAGGGAACGAGAGAGAGAGAGGGAGCAGCGGGAAGCAGAGCGAGAGCGAGUGAGGGAGAGAGAGCAGAGGGAGAGGGAGAGGGAGCAAAGAGAGAGGGAGAGGGAGGAGAGAGAGCGUGAGAGGGAGGAGAGGGAGAGGAAAGAGCGUGAUGAGAGGAGAGAGAGAGAGCAACGCCAACGAGAGUGGGAUGAGCGAGAGCGGAGGAGAGAAGAGGAGCGUAAGACCAGCCGUAAGCGUCACCGCGCAGACGGCAGUUCCAGUCCCCGCGCUCCUGCCGGGGCCUCACCCAAACGCCCGACCCGAGACGCCAGCCCCAAUGACAGCGAUGCCUAUCACAGUGGCGAGGACAAAAGUGAGCGUGCCAUUGGUCGAGGGAAGACCAAGCCCCUCCCACCCAGCCCCCAGUGCCUGCCUCCAUCUGACAGUGAUAAACAGCGCCUGCUCAGUGCAGUGGUGCGGCCGCAGGACGCUCCACUGCGCUCGCCCUCACGCAGCGCUGCGUUUGAAGAGAAGCUUCCACACUGGAAAGAAGAACGCAAGAAGGAGGAGAGAGGGAGAGUCACAGAGAGGAGAGAGCACGCACCUGAGGCUACACAUGCGGCGUCUCAGGAGCCUGGGACCAGGUCCAGAGAGCGUAGAGAGUCCCCCACUCCCACCCUGGACGACUCGGGGUCCCACGAUGAAGCCAAGAAGAAGGGGAAGUCCCAGAAGAAAGCGCUGAAGAAGGGAAGGAAGGAACCAGAGGAUGGAGGAGUUAAGGCAGCUGACUCCUCCAACUCAGAGCAACACUCCCCCAGGAAGGGAGCCAAGAAGAAGACUGUGGAGCGCAAACGCAAGAGAGGAGGUGCCGGCGGAGAGUCUGAUGCCUCUGAGGACGAGCAGCAGAACAAACGUAAACGCGGGCCUCAGACUCCGCCCUCCGCCGCCAAAGCUCCCACUAGAGCUGCUUCUCCACUCCACAAAAUGGACAACUUCAGCGACUGGUCGGACGAGGAAGUAAUGGAGAGCGUGGCGGAGCGGCGUCCUGCAGGAGUCCGACCAGGAAGAGAGCGAGGCCUCGUCCCACCUCCUCUACUGUCCCAGGACACUCCCAUCCUGAUCCCCACCCCCCCACCGCUCAUGUCCCAGCCUCUGCUCAGGAAGCCCCCAGGCGACAUGCAGGGGGGCCGCAGCGGGAACAUAGGCGGUGUCCAGGGAAGAGCUCCCGGAAGGAGGCCACGCUCUCCCUCCAACGAGACCCGAGAAGACCCACCCAGACCCCGAAGAGGCCGAGGGCUACCCCAGCAGCAGCAGCUCAACCCCAGAGACAGAGACCGAGACGUAGGCUCCAGGGACCUGGUGGGCUCCAGGGACAUGGUGGGCUCCAGGGACAUGGUGGGCUCCAGGGACAUGGUGGGCUCCAGGGACAUGGUGGGCUCCAGGGACAUGGUGGGCUCCAGGGACCAGGUGGGCUCCAGGGACAUGGUGGGCUCCAGGGACCAGGUGGGCUCCAGGGACCAGAUGGGCUCUAGAGACCCAAUGAUGUCCAGAGAAUCUAUGAGUUCGAGGGACCCUUUGAUUUCCAGAGAUCGUGAGCGAGAGCCAAUCCUUCCCAGAGAGCGGGACCGGGAUCUUGGUGUUCCCAGGGAGCGGGACCGGGAUCUUGGUGUUCCCAGGGAGCGGGACCGGGAUCUGGGUGUUCCCAGGGAGCGGGACCGGGAUCUGGGUGUUCCCAGGGAGCGGGAUCGGGAUCUGGGUGUUCCCAGGGAGCGGGACCGGGAUCUGGGUGUUCCCAGGGAGCGGGACCGGGAUCUGGGUGUUCCCAGGGAGCGGGACCGGGAUCUGGGUGUUCCCAGGGAGCGGGACCGGGAUCUGGGUGUUCCCCGGGAUCGGGAUCUGGGUGUUCCCAGAGAGCGGGACCGGGAUCUGGGUGUUCCCAGAGAGAGGGAGGCAAUGACUUCCCGGGAUCGAGAGCGAGAAGUCAUCCCCAGAGAUGGGCCGCGCGACAGGGAGCCGAUUAACACCCGGGAGAGGGAUCAACUCAUCCCACGAGAACGAGAGCAGAUAAUCACUCCUCGAGACCGGGACCAGGUGAACAUCCGGGACCGGGAGCGCGAAGGAGCAGUGGGACCCGAGAGGAAGUCCAGGAUUGACCAGCUGAGAAGAGGAGAGCCCAGUAGAAGCACCUCCUCAGACCGGCAGGAUUCGCGCAGCCACAGCUCCAGACGCAGCUCCCCGGACUCAGAGCGCCAGGCCAGGUCCAGAGCCGGUUCAUACGACAGCAGGGACCGCGAACCUCGAUCUCAGAACCCCCAGACCUCCCACCCUCCACCGCAGCCGGGCAGAGACUGGGAGCCUGAGCCUCACGAGUGGAGCCGUGGCAGGGAACCGUCACACAGACCCCCUAGGGGCGAGUUUGAGCCGCUCCUGCCCAGAGAAGCAUUCAGCCCCAUGCCAGAGAAGACCAACCACCAGGGGGAGCUCCGGGAGGUGAGGGAUGCCAGGGAGGUGGUCAAGGCAGACAGCAUGGACGAGGACGAUGGGAAAGAGGACGACGCUCAGUCGGUGGCUUCAGCUGGAGAAGUUUAUGAACCUAUCAGCGAUGACGAGUUAGACGAGAUCCUGAACGACAGCCACAAGAAGGAGGACCAGCAGGAGGAGGAGCGAGGUUCAGGUCCAGUGGAUGUCAUCGAUGUGGAUUGGUCGUCCCUGAUGCCCCGUCGCUCUGAGCCGCGAGCCGCGGGAGCAGCUCUCCUGCGCUUCACUCCAGGAGCAGCUCUCCUCAGAGCAGGAGUCUCCAGGAGGCUGGCAGGAGCUCAGCUGCUGGAGAGGGUGAAGGAGGCGUGCCGAGUAGAGCUACAGGACCCUAAAGAUGCAGAGAAGCUGUUCGAGCACGACUUGGGGGCGUUGAACAUGGCGGCCCACAAUCGCAGAGUAGAACGAGCUGGACUCUUGCGGAACCUGGGACCCUGCUGCAAAGCUCUCUGUGCGAGAAGAGACUUCUACAUCAGGAGACAAUUGCUGAAGAAUGACAAGGGUCUGGUGAAGCAGUACCUCUCGACCCCUGUGGUGGAUCAUGAGCUUUUCCAGAUGAGCGUGCGACUCUUCAAACGUGCUUAUUUAGCCCUUCUGCGCGUUCACUCGUUCUUUCUGACUUCCGCCUCACGCACAGCUGCAAUGGCUCCUACAAAGAAAGGCGAGAAGAAAAAGGGGCGUUCUGCUAUAAACGAGGUGGUGACCCGAGAAUACACCAUUAACGUCCACAAGCGCAUCCACGGAAUUGGCUUCAAGCGGCGAGCUCCUCGUGCCAUUAAAGAAAUCCGCAAAUUUGCUGUAAAAGAAAUGGGAACUCCAGAUGUGCGGAUCGACACCCGCCUCAACAAGGCCGUGUGGAGCAAAGGCAUCAGGAACGUCCCGUACAGGAUCCGUGUGCGUUUGUCCCGGAAAAGAAACGAGGACGAGGAUUCUCCGAACAAAUUGUACACGCUGGUGACAUAUGUGCCAGUCACCACCUGCAAAGGUCUGCAGACCGUCAACGUGGACGAGAACUGA